ACCCCGCGAGAAGAGAUGACCAUGACCACCAUGCCAGAAAGUCUCAACAGCCCCGUGUCGGGCAAGGCGGUGUUUAUGGAGUUUGGGCCGCCCAACCAGCAAAUGUCUCCUUCUCCCAUGUCCCACGGGCACUACUCCAUGCACUGUUUACACUCGGCGGGCCAUUCGCAGCCCGACGGCGCCUACAGCUCGGCCUCGUCUUUCUCCCGACCGCUGGGCUACCCCUACGUCAACUCGGUCAGCAGCCACGCGUCCAGCCCCUACAUCAGUUCCGUGCAGUCCUACCCAGGCAGCGCCAGCCUCGCCCAGAGCCGCCUGGAGGACCCAGGGGCUGACUCCGAGAAGAGCACGGUGGUGGAAGGCGGUGAGGUGCGCUUCAACGGCAAGGGGAAAAAGAUCCGCAAGCCCAGGACAAUUUACUCCAGCUUGCAGUUGCAGGCUUUGAACCGGAGGUUCCAGCAAACUCAGUACCUAGCUCUGCCCGAGAGGGCGGAGCUCGCGGCCUCCUUGGGACUCACGCAGACGCAGGUCAAGAUCUGGUUCCAGAACAAGCGCUCCAAGUUCAAGAAGCUGAUGAAGCAGGGCGGGGCAGCUCUGGAGGGGAGCGCGCUAGCCAACGGCCGGGCGCUCUCUGCCGGCUCCCCGCCGGUGCCGCCUGGAUGGAACCCCAACUCCUCAUCCGGAAAGGGCUCAGGCAGCAGCACGGGCUCCUACAUCCCCAGCUACACGUCAUGGUACCCCUCGGCGCACCAAGAAGCUAUGCAGCAACCCCAACUCAUGUGA